UUACUUGUGAAUUAAGUUUUUACUGAAAUCAUAAUAUAUUUUUUCGACUCUACACAACUUCAAAAUUCAGCUGGUCUAUGUAAUGUACUAAAAAUCUUAUGUUAUUGAAAAAUUUGGGAUUUCGCACAAAAAUUAAAAACGGAAGUCCCCAAAAUCUACAGUCAUUUUUAAAAUUUUAAUAUUCAAAACAAACGUACGGAAAUGAGUCUUCACGUCACCUAUGACGAUAACGAAAUUAAUGAAUCUGCAGAGAAUCAAAAUCUACCGUUUUUUGUAGGCAGAAAUAUUGGCGGAAAACAGUCCUUUGAUUGCCCCUCAACUAAUGGCCACGUUAUAAAAACAAGACAAAAGUUUGUCAAUUUGGAAAAAAUGGCGGCAAAUUCAAAUCCAGUGGUCCAUUCAGUUAAACCUGAUCUGUUAGCAUUAAAACCUGGCAAGGUUACACACAUGCGUGCCCAUUUCAGUUCCAUUAACAACAGUGAAAUCACUUUUCCUCGAGAAUUUGAUUUCAAGGAGACGCGAAAUAAAAUAAAAAGUUUGUUGCACAGUCACUCUGAUGAAAGCCUUCCAAGAAAUGGUAUGGUACAACAGUUGGUUCGAAAUCUGGAAUGCAAUAUUAGGACUCCAGUAUUAGAAGGAAACCCACAUGACAUGUGCAUAAACCGAUCACAUGCAUGCGAUAAUGAGUCAACCGAAACUACGGAUGAUCUUGAAAUAAGGCAGUAUAACUGUUUAUGCGAGGGUAAGAAAACUCAGUGAGGACCCAGUUUGUGUCAAGAAAAAGACGAAUUUAUUUAACAAAUACGUUUAACAUCAACACUAGAAGUCCCAAGACUAAUAAAACUAAGAUAUGAAGUCUCUGGAGAAGUCGUGACACAGAUACGACAACACUCGAUGUUGUUUACUAAUAACAAUGAACUUAUCGGAACUCGUCACGUCCUUGUCUUAUUUUGUACAAACCCGUGAAUAUUUUGAACAUAAAAUAUAUCACAUGCCAACUAAAAUAUUUAACAAAUCCGUUUAGGAUCAAGACUAGAAAUUCCAAGGCUAAUAAAACUAAGAUAUAACGUCUCUGGUAUCAACUAUUACACCUAAAGUAAAUCAUCUACAUACUAUAAAUACGAAGAGGUCGUAACAUAACACAGAUACGAAAACACUCGGUGGUAUUUAUUAAUAACAAUGAACUUAUCGGAACUCGUCACGUCCUAGUCUUAUUUUGUACUAACCCGCGAAUAUUUUAAACCUGAAAUACAUUACACGCCAGCUAAAA